GCGAAAAAGAAUGUGGUGAACAAGGAAGUCAAUAAGUCUACGGGAAGCUGUUGUAGGCUGUCUUUUGUUUUGUUUGUUCUUUGGUUUCGUUUUUUCGUCGCAAUCGUUAUUUUUACGAGGACAGUUGUUUGGAUUAAAUGAAAAUUCAGUGGUCAGUUUUCUUAUGUUCAUUUACUUGGUUUUGGGGUUUUUUUGGCGACGGUAUUUGACGUUAGCUUUGGGCCAGCUUUAGACGCUAAUAACAGAGCUAACAGGCCUGAAGGCCAUCUGUUCAUCGUUUGUCGACGAUCCAUUCUCUUGAUCACCUGAAAGAUUUUGGGACCGCGGCGAUCGAAACAUUUGCUUGCUGUUCAUCCGAUACGUGUUAGGCGUCGCUAAGUGUGCACUUGGGAGCGGAGUCCUCCGGACCAACUAAUUACCAAGGACCGGACCAGCAUGUAUGCCCCACCGGGUUCGACCGGCCCUGGUGGUCGGAGAAGGAGAGGGGGUACUCCUUUGCCCAAGCAACCAGAGCGGAGCCUCGUCUCGGCUCUGCCCGGAGCACUUUCCAUAACCGCCCUGUGCACGGCUCUUGCAGAACCAGCAUGGCUCCGGGUUCAUGGAGGCAUCUGCCCCCGACAAGAGCUCGGGGUGGCAGAUGUCCUGGGCUAUAUCGACCCCAAACUCCUGGGUGAUAACUGCCUGAAUCCACAGACCAUAUUGUUGCUCCGAGUGAUCGCAGCCUUCUGUUUCCUGGGCAUUUUUUGCAGCCUGACUGCAUUUCUACUGGAUGUGUUUGGACCUAAAUACCCUGCCCUCAAAAUCACACGGAGAUAUGCCUUUGCGCACAUCCUCACAGUGUUGCAGUGUGCCACUGUCAUAGGCUUCUGCUACUGGGCCUCAGAGCUCAUCUUGUCGCUGCAGCAACAACACAAAAAAUACCACGGUUCCCUUGUGUACGUCACCUUCGCCAUCAGCUUCUACCUGGUGGCGGGUGCCGGCGGGGCCUCCAUCCUCGCCACGGCCGCCAACCUCCUGCGCCACUACCCCACCGAGGAGGAAGAGCAGGCUUUAGAAUUGCUCUCCGAGAUGGAGGACAGCAGCGAAACAUUCCCCGUCGACUACGACAUUAGCAACCAGUUUCAGCCUCCGCCCGCGUACACGCCCUGACAGGGCGCGCGGCGUCAUUCGCUUGAGGAGUCAACAUGCUCGCAGUCAAAUGGAUAUAUUUGCAAAUACUCUCAACAGCUGAAUGCGGUGCGUGCAGCAAAUGCACACACUCAACGACUGACAAAGCGCUUGGUUGCAUGAGAGCUAAGAAAUGGUUCUUGCUUUCACAGAUGUUGAUUUGCAUGUAAAUGGCUCGUAGGACUCGCCUCUUCAUCUAAAGCAGAAUGCUAACUCAACAUGGCUGAUGAAGUAAUUGAUCAAGCAGCCUGAUCAAUGCUGAUUAGUACAAUCAAAGCUGGCUGAUGACCACUGUUUGAUUGGCUUCCUAGUGGGUUGACCAUUCUUUUUUCUUGAUUUUUUUUUUCUCAAUGUUUUAACAAGAUGUAUGUGCUUUGGUUACUGAUACUUCAAAAGUACAGAAAAACACUUGAGGCAUUUUUUUGACAUUGCUUUUUUUUUUUUUAAAAAGUAACAAACACCCUUUAUUUAUUGAUUAGUUAGAUGUAUCACUUUUCCUUCUCUGUCGCUGUUUAGUCUUACAUGGUCACAUUCUAUGCUUGAGAUGACACGAGAAAAUACAUUUUCUUUGCCAGGAGGACGACAAGCUCUCCACCACCGAUGGAGAUUAAGUAAACCGCUUUGCUCUAAAAGUAAGAUUCACGUUGUACAGAAACCUCACUGCGUUAGUUGCUGUUGUUAUGUCCUUACUAUACAAUUUGUUUCAAUACAACUUUAUUUGUA